GAGAUCACAGCCUGUCACAUGAUCACGUCGGGUGAUAACCAGGAAAUCGUGGGUUGUUUAGACUGCACGAAGAGGAGCAGAUGUCCUAAUCGGCCAUGUCUCCCUACAAAAACUGCCCGUUUUUUGUUUCGUUGCUGAUAAAUAUUUACGCUCUUGGGUCCGGCGACGGAGUAACCGUCGGCGCUCCAGAUUCAGCGGACAUACCGGGACAAAUCCCGCCUUUGAGCCCUGUUGCGCUCAGCCCUCCCGUCUUCCAGCCCGCGUCGGACUCUUUGCUCCCCCUCAGUCUGCUGUCCUCCUUCCCAGAAGACCUGGAGGUCAGUGACUACUGCAGCGAGCUGCUCCACAUAUUUGGACAGCGCUACGUGACCUACGUCAACUGCCUGGUACCUGCGGCCCGACCUGUCAAAGUGUGUCAGCGGUGCUUCGCCAGUUAUGGCAGCCUCAUGGACAUCUACGCCAACAUCUCCUCGGACCAGAUGGGUCCUGCUAAUGUGAGCUGCAGGGACAGUCUUCUGCGCAGUGAUCGGCUGAUGCUGGUCUUUCUGCUGUACAGCAACCUGAAGGACAUUUGGAGCCAAUCAGGCUGCAACUACUGUAUCACUAAAGGAUUUCAGAGCCUGACCAAUGACACGCUGUAUUUCAUAUCAACUCUCAACCAAACUCUCACCUGCUUUGAGAAGUAUCAACAGGGGAACCAUACAGAGCUAUGCAAAAACUGUAAGAGCACAUACAGAAGCCUGAAUGAGCUGUACAGCAGAAUGGAGAAGAAUCACACUCUGUGCAUUGACACGGAGGAUGCGAUGAAUAUGACACGCAAACUGUGGAGUAAGAAUUUCAAUUGUUCCUUCCCCCGUGAGGAGACGGUGCCUGUCAUCGCUGUGUCCAGCUUCAUGCUUUUUCUGCCCAUCAUCUUCUACUUGAGCAGCUUCCUUCACUCUGAACAAAAGAAACGCAAGCUCAUACACCCCAAGCGAGCAAAAUCCUACACCAGCUUGAUGAACAUUCAGGACAAACUGAGCUGAACAGGAGGGAGGUGGUCACUGAAAUGGAGGACAGCGUUCUUUGGUCAAAAGUUACACUUUCUCACACUGUCUCGUGCCUGAGGUUUGACAGACCUCCAGUGACUGUAUAGCCCUCAACAGCAGCCUCACUGGUUGCUUUUCAGGGGUCUGUGGUACCGAUCAGCAUUCAAAGGACUUCAAGGAUCAAAAUAUGUGGAACUGAAACCGAAAGUGAAAUGCACUGGGAUUUUUAUUGCACAAAAUGGACUUUAUGCACGUUAAACAUUUGCUUUCAUAUCCCAAAAAAUAAAAACAUGCAGAUUUUCUCAGAUUUAUAGCCAAAAAAAGAAAGGAAACAAAUUUAGAAAUUUUCAACAGACUGUGACGGCCUCUUACUGCCAGAAUUAAAGAUCAGCUUUGUUUUGUGAAAUUUGUCAGAUUUAAGCUUGGGACCUGUGUUGGAAUCAAUGCCAGCGCAUCCUGCAGUCUGAGACACACAGCUGUUGCUAGAAAGAGCGAGUGGCUUGUAUGCUGUGUGUGUGCGCGUGACUGUGCGCGUGAGUGUGUGUGUGUGUGUGUGUGUGUGUGUGAGAGUGAAAGUGAGCUAAUGUGUGUAUGUGCUCUAUUUAUGGGUUGGGUUGAGAAAUGGGUUUUCUGUAUCUAAUAUAUGUCCAGAGGAGAGCUGCAAAAAGGAAGCACUUGAUGUCCAUUAGUGGUGACAUGUAUCGGCUGUAAGAAGGGGGGGGGGGUAAAUAAAGACAUAACACACAUAAUGUAAGACCACUCCGAAGUACUACACUGUGAUGUUACCUGUUUUCCCGGCAGUAUUUUUGUGGUUGCAUAAAGCUUUUAAUGUGCUUUGUUGUCAUUUUCCACUGAUGAUUAACUUAAUUUGUUAAGGGUCUCUGACCACUCAUGACGGUGGGGCCUCCUCUGAGUCAUGGAUGUUGAAUUGAUGAAUUUGCCCAUUAAAGAUGCAUUUGCUGUGAAGUAACGUAAACUUUCAUUUUGAAUGCAUAAGCCCGAAUAAAUACUUCUGCGUCAUGAA